AUGCGUCUGGACCCUCGUAAGACCUAUUUCCUUUUCUUGCAUUCACUUCACAACUUAUAUCCACGCCUCUUCUUCUCAUCUUGCACUAUGGCAGAGCAGAUCUACAACUCCGACCUGACCAUGUCCGCUGCCGAAGAGGAGGCCCUCGUUGCAUCCGGGGAAGACCUCCUGGUGGACGAUCUGUCCGAAGGCCUGAUCGACCACCUCGCCGACUCGGCUGAGCUCCCCGUCGCCAAAAAACCGUGCUUUGACGCCGGCGCUAGCCACACCCCCUCCUCCCCCUCCACCAACAUCACCGCCUCCCCCGAAUCGGCCCAGGCGCAUCAGUCACGCUCGCCCGCACCCCCCGCUGCUGCCGCUUCUGGCGUGUCUCCGAGUGGCCCGUCGCCCUCGCAGACAGCCACCACAAACGCCCCCAACGCCCCGGCAGGCUGCGCUGCUGCCUAUGCAUCCGUCGCCUCGGGCUCAAACCCGUCCCUUGGGCUGCCCGCCUCACCCAUCGCCUCGCCCUUCCCGGGUACCCCCCCCCCCCCCCCCCCCCCGCAACCUUCGCCGCGCGCGUCUGACUGCCGUUUCGCCCUUGCUGCUCCCUCAGCGCCGCCGCGUGGUUGUUUCCCUCCUCAUCCCUGA